GUAUACAUACAGUAGCUGGAGUAUAAAAUUUGAUCGUGUGUUUAUCAUUUUGUGACAGCCAAUGUGCUACUGCUUUGGUUAAAGCAAGAACUAGUUUGACUAGUGACGAUUAGCUUCUAUUAAGUUCAUUGAUGAAUUACACGUUUUAGGAACGUACCUUCAGUUGAUGAUAAUUCACACCGUACUUGGUUCGGGGAAAUGUCAGUUUUUUCUCACUUAUAUACUUCCAACAAUACAGUUUCCUCAAUUUGUGAGAGGAACGUAUUUCCAUAUUUAUUAAGCAUUUCCCCGUAAUAUAAUUAUUUGCAUGGAAAACAUUACUUUAAACAAUGGAGGACACAUUGAAAAGUAAACAUCACAGUCGACGGAAAAGGAAAUCUGAAAAGAUGACAGUAAGAGGAUCUAUAAAGGAAGACACUACUGACAGAAGUGGUAGCUGUGUGCUUAAUCAGAAAUGUACAUCUUCCCACAUGAGGUCACCUGUAUUAACUGAGAGCAGUUCUCCUGGGACUGAAGUACAAAAUUGUUCUCAGUUUAUUGAACAUGAACCAUCUGUCAUCUGGGAUUCACCAGAAGCUUCACCUAACAGUAGUCCUGAACAGAAUUCCAAGAUAAUUGAUUUAAUUACACCACCACAAGGAAAGUGUCUCCCAACAAAGAAACCUGUCACCAGUAAACCAACAAGGAAGUUGCCAGUAGCAGCGUCUCCUUCGUUUUUGACAAAAUUGCAGGAUCUCUCCGAACAGUAUAAAUACAGUGAAAAUGUGCACUCUGAAGAGAAGGAAGAGGAAGACAGUUUGUGUGAUGGAGAGAGUGUUCUUCAUCGUACAUCACCAAACCGUGAUACUGUUAACAGGCGAGAGACAGUUUCGUGCACUUUACUGGUAAAAGAUGAUUUUGGCAUGUUGCUAGAAAAUGAUGAUGAUGAUGAUGUCAUCCUACAAUGUACCCAGAAAGUGGAAGAGACGAUAAAUGAAUUGAAACAUAAAAAUUUUGAGCUGCCUAAUGCUUCAUCAUCACCCUGUAACAUCUUUAGAAAGUCAAAUAUGGUUCAGCCAGAUGAAAGAGCAGCUUCCAACAAACAUGUUGCAAAUAUGGUGAAGGUACCAAGUGGAAAGAAGGAUGUCAGUUCAGAACUGUCACCAGCACCUAAGCCAAGAAGAUCGAGAACGCCAGGAUCUGCCAAAUAUUACAAAUUUGGCCAAUUUAUAGGUUAUGGUUCUAGAAAGUCCCCAAGAACAAAGAAAAACUUAUCUGAAUCUUUAACUCAUCAGGAAAUCCAUGAUGACUCUCUUGAAAGUGCCCUUCAGACUUUGGUAGAUGAAGAUUAUUCUUUUCUGGACACAUCAGCAGGUAGUGAUGUGAACAAAACAACAGAAAUUAAUAAAAGAGGCAGUGGCAAGAAGAAAAGUGUGUGUGACAGUCCUACAGAACGAACUGAUGUUACUAAAGUGAAAACUCGUCAGAAUGAUGUAAGAAAUUUGUCUAAUGUUUGUCGCCUUACUUCAAAAACGUUAGAACCAACAAUAAAUGAACGACCAAACACAAAAUCUAGAUUAGGGAAACCCAACAAAAAUUCAUUGGACAACCAUUGCACUCUUUUAUCUGAGAGUGGAGAUGCAUUCUUUGAAACGGCAGCUUUAGAAGAUGACAUAGUAAAUGAAACUGAAUUGGUGAAUGUAUUGGAAAUAGUUGAAUCUCAGGCAGUUACCAGUUCACCACCUUUAAGAUGCACACCAGAAGAAAUUCAGAGGAAAAGGAUAGAAGCUAAACAAAAAUUAGCCAAAAAGAAGUUGAAUUCCAAAACAAAAACCUCACUUCCCAGUGUUAUCAAGCCCAAAAGAUAGCAUACUAGUUUAAUUUUAUGGAACGUAAUGAUGAUGGAUAUUCUUUUGUAUAUGCAAUCAUUUUGGAAUAGUAUUUUUGGGUCUCACUUUUCUGUGCCCAUUGCUGAAAAUAAAUGAGAGACUGUCAUGGUAACCUUCAUACUAUGAUAUUCUAAAUGAGAGCAACAAUAUUUUUACAUUGUUAUUGAUCAGUGAGAUGUUUAAAAACUGUAACAGCAUGUACAAAGUUUUGUGCAACUGCAAAUUACUUCUUAAAAAUACAGUCUUUUCAUAUGUCGUGUUGUGUUGUUACCUGGAGGUAUUUGUAACUUUUUUAAAUAGUAUGUACAUAGAAAAUAUCAUUAUGUUAAUUAUGGUUUUUUGUUACAGGUGUAUUUUCUAACACUGUACUUGUUGAAUUAAUUCAUCAUUGUUUACUAUAUUGCCUGAUUUUUCUGGGUGUG